AUGAAUACUGUUCAUAAAAUACCAUUAAUUGAAUAAAUGUAAACAUUAGAUGAAAAUGAAUAGAGAUUGUCUGAUCAAUAGUUAAGUAAAAGGAUCAAUAAAUUAAACUAAAUUAUCCAUUAACAAUGCCUUAUCUAGAAUUAGCCAUUUAUCUGUUCAUAAUGUUAAUACUGCAUUCUUUUUCGUUAGAGAAAUUGGAAGAAAGGUAUGAUAUAGGCAAUGAUGAAUAUGGUAUUUAUUUUAAAUGCUGGUAACAAUACUGGUGGUAAUCCUUCUGCUACCUAUACAUCUGCUUUGAUUGGUGGAUUAAUUAAUGGAUUCUUUAGUGGAAGUAUCAUAUUAUAUCUAAAGGUAAUCAUUCAAUCUAUGUACAAGCUUGGGUCGCUGCAGGAUUCAAUUAUUAUAUAGUAUAAUAAUUUGGAUAUGAAGCAGUUCCUUCUGUAAAAAUAAAGAUUGGAUUAUAAAUAAAUAUAAUUUGAAAUGGUAUCAUUUAAUGGAUUUUAUGCCAAUUAUGUUAUUGAAGGAUAUUAUUUUGGAUUAUUAUUUUUAAUUGCAAAUAGUAACAUAGAUUAUGUUUUUGGAUUAAGUAAUAUGCAUUCCAAUAAUGGAUUUUAAUUAGAUCAUGAUAUAUUUGAAAUGAAUCAAGGUAAAAUUAACUACAUAAAGUAGAAUUCUAUAGAAGAGGUUGUCUUUAUUAUUUGGGAACAUCAAUAUUUAUAUUCUUUAUACUAUAUUUCGGUUGGAAGAUAAAUAAAGAUCUCCCUUUGAUUGUAUUAGUAUGCUUAACUGGUUUGACAGUUGGUAUACUUUAUUCAACAGAAAAGUUUUUAAAGAAUGUUUAUGGUGAUGUAAGUUUAAAAUAAUCUUUUAUUGAAAAUGGGGGUCCUCCUUUCUAACCAGAUAUGAGGGCACUUAUCUUUCUAUUUGUUUAUGCAAUGAAAAUGAAAUAUUAUAUUACUAUUUAAAAUUUAUUAUGUGCAAAAGCAGCUGAAUAUUUCUCUGUUGUUAAAUUUGAUUAUGAUAAAGAAAUCUUCUAUGUUUCUUUGACUAAUAUUUGUGCAAGGUAUUUUCAUUAGUAUAAUAGAAUUAAUUUUUAACACCCCACUUGUUUACUCACUAUUCAAAUUUUACAAAACUGCUUAAUAUACCCUUCUCAGCGAUAACAGUUUUGA